AUGCUGCAGAUGCUGGGCCUCCGCGGGGGGAGCCCCAGCCCCAGCGCCGGCGACGCGGCCCCCGCCAUGAGCGGGGACGGCGGCGCGGCCGCGGGUCCCGCGCGCCCGCUGCGCCUGGCGUACUGCGACGAGAAGGGCAAGUUCGUGAUGGACCCUGAGGCGGUGGCGGCGCUGCAGCUCGUCAAGGGCCCCGUCGGGGUCGUCUCCGUCUGUGGCCGCGCGCGCCAGGGCAAGAGCUUCAUCCUCAACCAGCUUCUUGGGCGAAGCAGCGGUUUUCAAGUGGCUUCAACACAUCGUCCUUGCACCAAGGGACUGUGGAUGUGGAGUACGCCUUUGAAGAGAACUGGUCUGGAUGGAACUGAAUACAGUCUUGUGUUGUUGGAUACUGAAGGAAUUGAUGCUUAUGACCAAACGGGGACCUAUAGCAUCCAAAUAUUUUCCUUGGCUGUUCUGUUAUCGAGCAUGUUCAUCUACAACCAGAUGGGAGGUAUAGAUGAAGCUGCGUUGGAUCGUCUCUCGCUUGUCACGGAGAUGACAAAGCACAUACGUGUCAGGGCCUCAGGUGGAAGGUCCACUGCAUCUGAACUUGGGCAGUUCUCUCCUGUCUUUGUUUGGUUGUUGCGAGACUUCUACCUGGAUUUGACAGAAGACAACAGAAAAAUUACUCCACGGGAUUACCUAGAACUAGCACUGAGUGUUCAAGGUGGAGGAAGGAACGUAUAUGCAAAGAAUGCGAUACGGGAGUCCAUCCGUGCACUUUUUCCAGAUAGGGAAUGCUUUACACUUGUGCGACCUGUGAACGAUGAGAAAGAUCUCCAACGUCUCGAUCAACUUCCUCUGAGUAAUUUCCGGCCACAGUUCAGAUCUGGUCUGGAUGCUUUCACGAAAUUUGUUCUUGACCGAACAAGACCAAAACAACUUGGAGCUAGUACAAUGACAGGCCCCAUCCUUGCUGGAUUGACACAAUCAUUUCUUGAUGCCAUUAAUAGCGGUGCUGUCCCUACAAUAUCUUCAUCUUGGCAGAGCGUGGAGGAGGCAGAAUGUCAGAGGGCAUUUGAUUCUGCUGUGGGCACUUACAAUUCUUCUUUUGACCACAAAAAACAUAUAGAAGAGGAUUCUUUGAGAGAAGCACAUGAAGAUGCUAUGAGAAAGGCUAUCAGUGCUUUUAAUGCUUCUGCUGUUGGUGCUGGGGCAGCUCGUACAAAAUUCGAAAAGCUUCUUCACAGUUCUCUCAAAAAGGCCUUUGAGGACUACAAAAGGAAUGCUUUUCUGGAAGCUGACUUGCAAUGUUCAAAUAAAGUACAGAAAAUGGAAUCAAAGCUGCGAGCAGUAUGUAACCGUCCAGAUGCAAAGUUAGAUGACGUAGUCACACUCCUUGAUGGCCUGCUCACAGAGUAUGAGUCAACGGCCUAUGGUCCUGUAAAAUGGAAAAGGAUAGCCACAUUCUUACAGCAGUGUUUGGCUGGCCCCGUUCUAGACCUUUUCAGAAGACAGUUGGAGCAUAUAGAUGCUGAAAGGAAUGCCCUUAGACUGAAAUGCAAUUCAAGCGAUGAUAAAUUAGCAUUGCUUAGGAAGCAGCUUGAAGCAAGUGAGGGUCACAGAGCUGAGUACGUGAGGCGCUAUGAGGAACUUCUGAAUGAUAAACAGAAAAUUUCGAAGGAUUACUCUAUUCGUAUAACUGAACUUCAGACCAAGAGUAGCAAGUUGGAAGAACGGUGCUUGAGCUUGUCUUCUUCUCUUGAAACUGCAAAACGGGAAUGCAAUGAUUGGAAGAGCAAAUAUGAUCAUGGUAUUUUGCAGCAAAAGGCGGAUGAGAGUAAGUUAAAAUCCCAAAUUGCUUCUCUGGAGUCUAGGGUGAGUAUCAGUGAGGGCAGAUUGUCGGCAACACGUGAACAGGCUGAUUCUGCUCAAGAGGAAGCAUCGGAGUGGAAACGCAAAUAUGAAGUCGCUGUUAGCGAGGCCAAAACAGCUCUGCAGAGAGCGGCUGUAGCACAGGAACGCACAAAUAAGAAAGUGCAAGAGAGGGAAGAUGCUUUGAGGGCAGAGCUUGCUAACCAACUAUCUGAGAAGGAAGAGGAAAUUUCAAGAUUACAUGCAAAACUUAGUCAAACGGAAAUUCAUGCUACAAGUUUGAUCUCGAGGCUUGAGGCCACUGAAGCAAAGUUGAAGAGCCACGAGUCGGAUUCGUUGGCUUUGAAGGAGGAGAUCAGAUCAUUGACUGAUAACCUGGAGUCUAUUAGAAUUGAAGCUCUGUCACGUGAGAAUGAAGUCAGGAUCCUGGAACAGGAAAAGAACCAUCUUGAGGAGAAGUAUCUGUCACAGUGCAAAAAGUUUGAUGAGACAGACAUGAGAUGCAAGGAAGCUGAAAGGGAAGCGAGACGAGCAACGGAAUUGGCUGAUGUAGGUCGUGCAGAAGCUUCUACUUCUCAAAAGGAUAAGGGGGAAGCUCAACGUCUCGCAAUGGAGAGGCUUGCACUGAUAGAAAGAAUGGAGCGACAGGUUGAAGCUCUAGAAAGGGACAAGGCUAAGAUGGUCGAAGAGAUUGAAAGACUUCAUCAGUCAGAGAAGGAUGCUGUGUCCAAGGUCGCAUUGCUUGAAAGAAGUGUUGAUGAGCGGGAAAAAGAAAUUGAUGAGAUGUUGAAGCGGAAUAACCAGCAAAGGUCCAGCACCGUUCAAGUGCUUGAGGGUUUGCUGGCAUCAGAACGUGAAGCAUGCGCUGAAGCCAAUAAGAGGGCAGAGGACCUGUCAUUGAUGUUGCAAGCAACUCAAGGCAAACUGGACAUGCUCCAACAAGAAACCACACUUGAUAGCAAACUCAAGACCUCUGCAAGGCGCUUAAGGGGUGAAGCUACAGAGUCUGUACAUGAUAUGGAUAUCGAUGAGGACAGCGGGAGGCGUCGGAAACGAUCAAAAAGCACAACAAGCCCUUUCAAGAGCAAUCACACAGAGGACGGUGGUUCCGUGUUAAUUGGUGAAGAUACUCACAACGGGAGUCAGCAGGGGACAGAAACCGAAGACUAUACCAAAUUCACUGUGCUGAAACUGAAGCAGGAGCUCACCAAGCACGGGUUUGGUGCUCAACUCCUCCUGUUGAAAAAUCCCAACAAGAAGGAUAUUGUCGCCUUGUAUGAAAAGCAUGUCGUCGGCAAGUAG